ACGCAGAGUGCAUAAUAUUUCAUAAAUCCUGUAUCUUUCUGCAAGUAAUUUGUGAAAUAUUGCCAUAUAAUUGUAACAUUAUCAAUUUCAUCGAUAUUUCCCCAUAUUAUUUCCAAAAUAUUGUACUAUCGAGGAUAUUAUAUAAUAUAACAGAUAUAUUGUUUAGUAUGAAAUUUCAAAUAACAGAUAUGUCAUAUGUUACAUUGUGUUUGCUUUUAAUAUAUGUUUCAUUGUUAUGUAACAUUUAUAUAUGCAAAUGUAAAUUUCUUUCAUUGUUUUAGGUAAAAGGUACAUAAUUGUUUUUUUAUACAACCACAAUCAUGGAUUCUCAGGAAAGGUUUUACUACAUAAUAGAAUUUUCCGAUGGUAUACAACUUAUACCAUCAAACUGGUUUCAUGUUUCUAAAACGAAGGUAUAUUGGCCUAACUUUACAAAUAUACAAAAAUAUGAUAAAGUCGUACAACAUAUGGAGCUUGUUGGAAAAAAUUGGAUUUCAUAUGACGUAAUACGAAUAAUAGGUAGUACUGAUUGUUUUGAGUCUGGGAAAAAGAAAUUAAAAGCAGCUGAGAAGUAUUCAGAUUUAAAUACCGAUGCCAGUGAAUACGAAAAAUUAAAAGAUAGAAAAAUGAGAGCUACAAAACGAUACGAUAGUUUCGUUGAUACAAGUGACAAUGAUUCAGAUUCAGAAACUGCUGCAUCUGUCCUUAUACCAUUUCCUAAGUUACAUUUAGACAAAACUCUACAUAAUAAGAAAAAGCCGUCAAAUGUCAAUUGCGACACCGUCUUACGUGGAAGUGCUACACAGCCUACUUGUUCUGAAGCAACUUAUGUAAAAGAUCAAAUUACGCCCGUUUCAAAUUCUAAAAAUUUUUCAAAAAAAUAAAGAUAACUGAAAUAUAAAAUGUGUCUUUAAAAAACAAAAAAACAAAGAAUGUUGAAGAACAUAUGCAAGUAAUUGGCAAGGAAAAUAUGCAACCAUAUAUUCCUAAUGGUUCAAUAUGCCGGGCUGUUCGGCAGAUUAUUGUACGAAUUCGACGUCUAAAGGUUUCCAAAUGUUUACUUUUCCCAAAGAUAAUGUUAGAAGAGCACAAUAGAUAAAGAACAUGGGUUGAGAAAAUUGGAUGCCAACUAAAUAUACAACUAUCUGUGAGGUUCACUUUUCACAAAACAUGUGGGAGAAACAGAGAGUCGAUGACAAAAAAAAAUUAAAAUUUAAUGCCGUUCCAGCAUUAUUUGAAAAAUUAAAUGUCGGGCAUACUUUCGACGUACAAAACCUCAUUAACAAUAUUUCCGAAGUUAAACCUAGUUCUGAAUCUGAUGACAAUUGUGAUGAAAUUAUUGAGAGACAUGAGAACGUAGAGGUUUCAUCGCAAGGAGUGUCUAUUGCUGACCGAGGAGAUUUGAAAGAACAUCUCCAGAAAUUGGAACAGUUAUUGUUGAAGAGUGAAAGACUGCGGAUGCAAGCAAACAAAAAGUUGCGAGCAGCUAAAACUAAACUCAAACGACUAGAAAAACAAGUAAAUAAUCGAAACCAAACUAUAGAUAAAAUUUUUAACAAUUAUCAGCUUUUACUUUUAAAUAAUGUACACAAAAAGAUAUAUAAGUGGUCUAAUGAAACAAUGGUGAAAGGUUUUCGCUUGAAAUUUUCUUGUGGUUCCGCUGAUUAUAAAGAGUUAUUAAAACAACGCCAUCCUUUACCCUCUUUUCGAACACUACAUCGUUAUUUAGAUCGUUAAGUAUUAAAAUUUGCACCUGGAAUAAUUUUGGAAAUUUUUCAAUUUUUGCAAAUCAAAGUACAGCAGUUUGAAAAGGAAAUCGAUGCUGAUUGCUUGUUAAUAUUAGAUGAAAUGAGUAUUAUACCGUCCAAUGUUUAUUGUCCAUCAUUAGAUAGAAAGCUUGGAGCACCAACACUGAAAAGCAAAAAGGCAGAAGCACAUUAUGCUUUAGUAUUCAUGUUAGCUGGAAUUGCAAGUCGGUGGAAGCAAAUCGUUGCGUAUGAAUUGACAAGUGGAAAUG